CCCACUAAUACUCCAUUAACUAAUACUUCACUUCCCUUACCUCGGCCAUCCACGCAGCAAACAAUCAAACGCUUUCGUAUAUAUUUCGGCGCCUAUCUUGCAUUCGGUCGCGGUUCUGCUAGGCUGUAGGUCGUUCGACCUGACUAGGAUUUUACUGUAUUUCGCGAUCAAUGCAUGAAGACACGUGGACUCGGCAGCCGCUUUGUGAACGUGGAUACCAGUAGGACCUAAAUUUCUGCGAGAUCUACCGUAUCCGCAUAAUACCACACCGUCCACUUUUAGUCCGGCGUUCUUCAUAGCUCGUAUAAUGGUCAUGGGUGUCGGCGGCGACCUCUCUACAGGAGGGGAUCAGCCUCUCCGAUUGCAAGCCGAGGACGUCGAAUUCGAGCGUGCGGUCCAGGGAAUGCUGCGUGGUGAUUAUAAGGAUUGGCCCAACGAGGCAGGGUUUGAGGGUCUAGAUGAGAUACGUGGCCCCGUGGAGCUCACCGUCCGGGGUACCAUUCCCGCCUGGGCUGCGGGAAUACUGUAUCGUACCGGUCCCGGACAAUACACCAUCGCCGACACCCUCAAGGGAACCUUCCAUACCACCCAUUGGUUUGACGGCUUUGGCCACACGCACAAGUUCAACAUAAUCGCUGAUCCGGACAAUGCCGAAGCCCCGGUCAGGGUUGAGUACUCGUCUCGGCGCCAGACCCAGACGCUUAUCGACGCCGUAAAGAAGGAGGGACGGAGACCCGAUAUCUGCUUCGGGCAGCGGAGAGACCCCUGUAUCGGUAUAUUCGGUAAGAUCAUGAGCGUAUGGGAGGGAGCGCUAAGGACCCCGCAAGCCGGCAUGAACAACGUAUGCGUCACAAUACAGGCACCAAUUCCCAGCUUAUCGGCACAGGCCGGCGAGGCCCUCCAGUCCGGCUACCGCGGAGUAAACAAGACACUAUGGCUGGCUACAGAUGCACAAACCAUGAAGGAAUUCGACCAGCACACCUUGGAGCCUAUUGGUGUCGCAAGGCAACGCCAACUACAUCCGCUUCUUAGCGGUCCGCUGAGCUGCGCCCACGCUCAGCGAGACCCAGACACCGGUGACUUCUUCAACUACAACGCCGAGAUGGGACGUAUCCCGACAUACCGAGUUUUCCGCACGAGCGUAUCGACGGGCGAGACCGACAUCCUCGCAACCAUCCACGAACACGGGGUGAAGCCAGCAUACAUCCACUCCUUUUUUCUCUCACCUUCAUUCGCCAUCCUCUGCGUCCCGUCGUCCCACCUGGGGAUGAUGGGCCUCAAGGUCACUUUGGAACGCAAUCUGGCCGACGCGAUAGAGCCAUUUGACGAAUCAAAACUCUGGGUAUGGUUCGUCGUUGACCGCCGUGGUAGCCGCGGCGUCGUCGGGAGAUUUCACAGUCCUGCCGGCUUCUUCUUCCACAGUAUCAACUCCUUCGAGGAGUACGACGACGAAACCGGUGAUGUCUGCGUUUUUUGCGACUUUAUUUCCUACCCUACUCUUCAGGUGAUACGCGCCUUUGAGAUGGACGUCCUGCUGCAGAACCACGGGGCGACCGAGAACUUCUGGGGUGACGAGGAGCGCAACCAGAACUGCCAGGCUCGAUUGACCCGACUGAAGUUCCCGAUACCGAGAUCGAAUUCUCCGGAUAAGCCCGACGUGCUCGCCCCUGAACGGCCGGCGGAGAAGGUUCUCGAGAUAAGAGCACCGCGUGCUGGCGAGCUGCCCACCAUCAACCCCACCAACUCGACCAAGAAGUAUCGCUACGUCUACAGCCUAGCCAACCGCGGCCGUAGCACUCUUUUUGACUCCAUAGUCAAGACGGAUCUCGUGACGCGAGAGGCUGUAUAUUGGGAAAACCCCAGGGGUCAUACGCCCGGUGAAGCCAUCUUCGUUCCACGCCCGAGUUCGCACGUCCGUGGCCAGGGUGGCGAGACGGGCACAGGGAUUCCGGAUGAGGAUGACGGCGUAUUGCUGAGCGUUGUCCUAGACGGCAUCGGCAAGAAGAGCUAUCUGCUGUGCCUCGACGCGCGAACAAUGAAGGAGCUAGGACGGGCCGAGUGUGACUUUGCUGUCGCAUUCGGAUUCCACGGCCUGUAUUCUGCGCCCCCUGCUGUGGAACGGGAAUCGUGAUACGGCAGCAUCGGACCCAUAGUUUUUCGAGGCACAUACUUUCGCCCUCGACGUUCAUACUAGCAGCCUCUAUGUCUCGACGGAAUGCUAGACCCCUAGUGCUGUCGACGGCAUCGACUGACUCUCACUCCGUAGCUAGCCACGUUCUAAUAGAGUGGCAAAAGUAUACCUAGAGAAAUCGUCCCCUAGGUCAUUCUACUCUGCUUAUUUAUUUAUAAUUAUACGGCUUCUCACGCUCUCAUACUGCCUGUUCCCGCGAGUUCCUGUCGUCACAUAGGAUAUACAAGGAGGAAUAGAACAAUCUUUGGGUAUCAAGACCAAAAGAAAUCA